UUCACUCUCACUCUCACUCUCAUUUCAUUUCAGUCUUGUAAGAUUACCAUUUUGCCCCCACAAAGAAUAAAUAUAAAUAUAUAUAUGUGAGAAUUAUAUAUUUGAGUAAACUCAGAAUGAGCUGCAAUGGCUGCCGAGUUCUCCGAAAAGGUUGCAGUGAUAAUUGUAUGCUUAGAGAAUGUCUACAGUGGAUUGAAACGCCUCAGGCCCAAGCUCAUGCCACUCUCUUCGUCGCCAAGUUCUUCGGACGAGCCGGCCUCAUGUCCUUCAUCUCCGCCGUCCCACAACACCACCGCCCUGCUCUGUUUCAAUCUCUGUUAUACGAAGCCGUUGGAAGGACUGUGAAUCCGGUCAACGGCGCCGUAGGUCUGUUAUGGAUGGGAAACUGGCACGUGUGUCAGGCGGCCGUCGAGACUGUUCUUCGCGGCGGCGCGUUGGGGACACUCUCUGAGUCGUCUUCGGCUGAUCAUCCAACGGUCUCGCGGCGGCGAUGGCCCAAGAAAAGACCAUGUAGUACCGUUAAUAAUUUUGAUGAGGGAACAUCGGAUCCGUACGGUUUAGAACCGUCGGAUCUUGAUCUGUGCUUGAUGGCUGCCGGGACUAAAAUGGAGAAGAAGAUCAGUAGAGAGGUGAGUCCGACUUCGGAGGAAGGGUCCGAAACGACGACGUUGGGUAGUAAUUCAGUGGAUUCUGAUACUUUUUUAGGCGGUGCAGGAAUUAAUGAUAAAAGAUCUAAGCUUCUUAGAUUGUUUAUGUAGAAUUAAUUAUAACUCUUUAAUUUGUAAUCAUUUUUAUUUCUCUUC